AUGGCCGCCCCUGCCGAGCCCGGGCACUCGCCCGGCUUCAAGAAGCCGCCGGCGCUGCUGCGGCUGAAGCGCAAACGCCCCGCGCGGAGGAGCGACCCCGCCGCCGGCGCGGAAGCCGCCGCUGCCCCGGCCCCGCGGGGCUCUGCGGCCGCCCGGCGCCGCAACCCCUUCUCCAGCCUGGACAACGCUCCGCGGCGGGCGACGGCCGCCCCUCAGCCUCCGGCAGCGGCCCCGGCGGGCGGGGAUCCAUCGGCAGCGCCCUUCUGGCAGUUUUUAGAGCCGGCCUGUGAGGAGAAGCCUCCCGGGAGAGCGGAGCCUGCUGAAAGUUCCGACAUCCUCGCCCUCAGCCAGUUCAGUGGACAGAGGUCGGUGAGCUUCACCUCCCUGUACAACCUGCUGCGGGCCCGGCUGUGUCCCUAUUUCUACGUGUGCGCGGCGCAGUUCUCGGUGCUGUUCCGCGCCGCGGGGCUGGCGGGCAGCGCCGUGCCCACGGCCGCCGUCGCGCCCACCACGCGCGGCCUGCGCGAGGCCAUGCGCGGCGAGGGCAUAGAGUUCUCCUUGCCUCUGCUCGAGGAAAGUCGAGCCCGGAGGCAGAAGAACUCCGAGGAGAGCUCGGGAGCAGAGACCGCUGAGGGGCUCGGAGGGGGCAGCGCUGUGGAGGAUGCGGGGGAACGAGCUCACAGUGAUGAUGAUGAUGAUGGAAGCUUCUCUUGGCUUGAGGAGAUGGGAGUCCAAGACAAGGUGAAGAAACCAGAUACUAUUUCUAUCCAACUGCGCAAGGAGAAGCACGAGGUGCAGGUGGAUCACAGGCCCGAGUCGCUGGUGCUGGUGAGAGGCAGCCACACCUUCACGCUGCUCAACUUCCUGAUCAGCUGCCGCAGCCUGGUGGCGGUGGCGGGGCCGCAGGCGGGGCUGCCCCCCACGCUGCUGGCCCCGGUGGCCUUCCGGGGUGGGACCAUGCAGACGCUCAAGGCUCGGACUGUCAGCGGCCGUGCCCGGGCACCGGGGGGCUUUGAGGACGUGUUCAGCCUGGAGGUGCUGGGGCCCGUCCUGCCGCACGCCCUGCACGCCCUGACGCUGGUGCUGGGCCCGGCGCAGCGCGGAGCCUUCCGCGCCCUGCUCAGCGCCCACGAGCCCAGCGCCGCCUUCAACACCCGCCCGGCCCCGCCCCAGGAGGAUGUGCAGCAGGACCUCUCUGCCUGCGGGCUGCAUCCCAAGACUCUGGAGCAGCUGAGUCAGUGUCCGACUCUGGGGAAAUCCUCCAUCCGCUUGCUGGAGAUGAAGGACUACGCCUACACCUGGAAGGCCUAGGAAUGCUGCUGGACACUCCCUGCCAGGGCUGCAGGUGCUGGGCUUGGGGCAGGGCAGGAGGGACAGCCCACGGAGCUGCUGCACAGGAACACUUCCAAGGGCUUGGAAGGAAAGGAGGGGAAAGGCCUUGGACAUCUCCUUUUUUAUUGUAGAAAAGGUUUUUUAAAUAAAAUGUGGUUUUAUUGGUCUGGUUUGCCCCUGGCAGGUCACUGUUCCCCACGCACACGCACCUUCUGUUCCAAGCAUGGAAUUUCUGCUCCUGCUUGGGGCAGGAACUCAUAACCAGGUCAGAACUAGAAAUCCCUCAGGGCAGGGGAUAGGAACCAGAUGAGCUUUAAGGUCCCUUCCAGCCCAAACCUUCUGGGAUCCUAUGGAUGGGUGGAAUGCUUGGCAAAACCCCUUCCCAGACUGUUCACAGCCCCCUGCCACCCUCAGCAGCUGCACCUUGG